AGGGGACGUUAUUCUAUAUGCUGCUGCCCCGGGAGGACCCACUUCAGGAGAUGGAUCCUGAGGAUGAGAUGCCAAGACACCGGCGUUGAUCCGAUGGAAAGCCCCUGCCUGCUGCUUCUCCAAAGCUAACACCAGGGACCACGUCCCACCUCCUGCCCAGCAUCAAUCCAUGGAGGCGAAUGCCAUAUCCCUACCUCCUGCACCCCCUGUGCUGGAGACUAAUGGAGAGAACCCAUGCAGGAUAGACAUCACCGAUGUGGCUAUGGACACUGUCACACUGCUCAUCUGCCUCUGUGGGCUGGUGGGGAAUGGGGCUGUGCUCUGGUUCCUCGGCUUCCGCAUCAGCAGGAACCCAAUCACCACCUACAUCCUCAACCUGGCUGUGGCCAACUUCACCUUCCUCCUCUUCAUGGUCACCUCAGUCCUCCUCUACAUGAUGGAGAACAUCUUCUGCUUCAGUUUUGAGACCUUAACAUACCAGAGGCCACUUUUCCUGCUCUCGCUGUUGUCCUACAACAUGGGCCUGUAUCUCCUGAUGGCCAUCAGCAUCGAGAGGUGCUCGUCCAUCCUCUGUCCGCUCUGGUACCGCUGCCACCGCCCUCAGCGCUUGUCAGCCCUGGUGUGUGUCCUGCUCUGGGCCCUCUCCAUCACUGUCAUUGCUGCAGUGACAUCUCUGUGCCUCUUGCAUGAGGAUGAUCACUGCCGCGUGGCUCUCAUCUCCAUGUACGUCCUCAACUUCCUCAUCUUUGCCCCACCCAUGGUCGCUUCCAAUGUGAUCCUCUUCAUCAAGGUCCAGUGUGGCUCCCAGCAGCGCCAACCCAAGCGGCUCUACAUCGUUAUCUUCCUCACCGUCCUCCUCUUUCUCAUCUUCGGGGUUCCCCUCAGCGUCUGGAACUUCCUGCUGCAGUUUGGCUUCGCGGCUGUGCCUUCCCAGGCUGUUUUCCUGCUCGCCUGCAUCAACAGCAGCAUCAACCCCUUCAUCUACUUCCUGGUGGGGAGCUGCCGGAGGCGCUGCUCCGUGGUGCCCCUGCAGGUCGCCUUCCGGAGGCUCUUUGGGGAGCCAGAAGACAACAUUGACUUCAGCAGGGACACAACAAUGAGCACGCUGGCCUCCGCCUAUUGAAGCCAUCCCAGCACCCUGCUUUGGGCCCCUGGGACAGUAGCUGAGGCUUUCCUAGAGCAACCAGACUGAUAGAUGUCGGCAGCAUGCCAUCGUGCAGAAGAGGAGGGCAUCACCAAGGUCAGUGUGUGGAGGGAUGCUCUGCAGGGUGCACCCCUUUCCUCCUCCCUUCCAUCACUUUCAUGGCAAAUGCGCCCUAGAGGACCAUGUUCCUGAAAAUCCCCUGCUUUUUGGGAUGAGCCCUGCCUUCGGGUAACUCUGACUCAUGUACUUUGUGGGGGUAGAAACUGUUUGGUGUCCUAAGUGCAUCUCCCCAUCCUACCUUCACCACGGGGGGUACCAAUGCUCCUCACCAUGCUCUGCUGAGGUCCUACCACCCUCCGUCCCGCUGGUACCUCCCUUCUGCCGGUGCCUCCCUGCGCCUGACACCAGUAAACAGCAUCCUGCCUUCUCCGGGCUCCUGCUGCCGGCCGGAUGAGGGUAGAGGCGGGAGGGGAAUGUGCACGCACGCCUUGUGAUCACCAGGGCAAAAAUGACACCAACUGCCCACAAGCGGGACUGCAGGAGCACAGCUGGCGCGGGAAGGAGGGGCGCAGGGGUUUGGUGGUGCCCUCGGGCUGUUUUAUUACUGUCACUGCAAAUAUCUCCUCAAAUAUACAUAGAUACAUAUUUA